UUAACUAACUAAGCCACCCAGGCACUCCAGUAAUAGCUGUUUUUUUUUUUUUUUUUUUUUUUUUUAUUCUUGUGUCCACAUCAAUUUUGGUUAUUUGGUUGGACCUUUUGAAAUUGUUAUUUUAUUCAUUGAAAGCCAUCAAAUAUCUGUGAUUUUGUAUGGCUUACCCUAGUAUGCUAUAAUGCUUUGAUUUUGUAGAAGGCAGUUGUCAUUGAUUUGUCAGGAGUUCUAGAUAGUGUGCAUUUAACUUGUUAGAUGACUUUUGUAAACUGCCAUAAAAUAUGCCCAUUGAGAUUUUAAUUGGAAUUACAUUGAAGUAUGAAUUAAUUUGAGGAGAAAUAGAUGUAUAAUACUGAGCAUUUCCAUCCAGAAACAUGGUGUGCUUCUAUUUUCUUCAGGCCGUCUUUAAUAAAAUUUUAUUGUUUUCAUACAGGUUUUGCACAUUUUGGGGGGGAUGGAUUUAUUCCAGAUUAUUUUAUAGUUCUUAUUACCAUUAUGAAUGGUAUUCUUUCUUCCAUUACACUUUGUAAUUAGUUAUUGUUGGAGGAUAGGAACCUAUUGAUUUUCAUAUGUAUAUGGCCACUUAAUUGAAUUCUUCUAUUAAGUCAGUUUAUUCUAUUGAGUUUUCUGACUAAAUUGUUAUAUUGAAUUUAAUAAAUGAUUGUCUUCUUUCUCUUCUUUUUCAGUACUUAUACGUCUUGUUUUUUCUUCUUCUUGCAUCAGUUUUGAACAUUCCCAAAAUGUUGAAUAAAAGUGGUAAUAGAGGCAGUCGUUAUCUAGGGAGUGCUAAUGGGAGCGAUGUUGUGUCACUAUUAAGUAUAAUGCAAAUAUUCUUUGUUAAUUUAGUAUACUAAGCUAAAGUAACUCUUUCUCCUAGCUCACAAAGUUUUAUCGGAAAUGAAUACUAAAUUUUAUCAAAUGCAUUUUUGGCAUCUGUUGAAAUGAGUAUUUCUUUUCCCUCCCUUCCAGUCUAUUCAUAUAAUGAGUUCCAAUACUAAAUUUCCUAAUAGUAAACUGUUUGGAAUAUUUAGUGUUAUGUAUUUUUUUUUUUUAACACACUGUUGGAUUUGAUGUCAUUAACAUUUCAAUUUGUAUUUUAUGAGAUUAUCCAUUUCAUAUUAGAUUUUCAAAUUUCUUGGGAGAAACUAUAUAUUCCUUUCUUCAGUCUUGUAAAAACAGAUUUGUGCUUGAUAGAAGCAAUUUUAUGUAUCCUUUUUCUUUUUAAUCUUAGUUGUUGUGGUUUUUUUCCAAUGCUUUUUAAAUGUUUAUUUUGAGAGAGAGUGUGUGUAAGUUGGGGAGGGGCAGAAAGAGAGGGAGAGUUAGAAUCCCAAGCAGGCUCCACGCUCAGUACAAGAGCCUGAUGCAGGGCUUGAUCUCAUGACCACGAGAUCACGACCUGAAUCAAGAGUCAGACCCUUAACUGACUGAGCCACCCAAGUGCCCCUAGAUGUUGUGUUUUUAACACUUAAAUGUCAGAAAGGAGUUUGAUAAAGUGCUUCAUUUGAUCUCUUUAUAGCUUGUUAAUUUUUAGAAGUGGCUUAAAUAAUGCAUACCUCUUACUGUUUUCAUAAUUGUGAAAAAUUUAAUUGUGGUAAACAACAUAACAAAAUUUUACCAUUUUAACCAUUUAAGUGUACAGUUCAGUAGUGCUAAGUAUAUUCACAUUGUCGUGCAACAGAUCUCUAGAAGUUUCUCAACUUGCGAAACUGAAACUGUACCCAUUAAACAACUCCUCAUUCCCCUCUUGCCCCAUCUGGUAACUACUAUUCUACUUUCUGUUUCUAUGAAAUUGACUACUUUAGAUGCCUCAUAUAAAUGGAAUCACAUAGUAUUAUUUUUUGUGACUGACUUAAAUUUCACAUAGCAUGAUGUCCUUAAGAUUUUUCCAUAUUAGAGCAUAUGACAGAUUUCCUUCCUUUUUAAUAAAGACUGAAUAAGCCAUUGUGUGUAUAUGCCACAUUUUGUUUUUCCAUUCAUCCAUUGAUGAACAUUAUAGUUGUUUCCACCUUUUGCCUAUUGUACCUUUUGUUUUUUACAGUUAAUUCAUGUAUUUUAAAUUUAAGUUGGCUUAUGGAGGGAGAUAAGAACUUAAUCUUACAUUUUUAAAUGGUUAAUCAGUUGAAUUAGCUAUUUCAGACUAUCCUUCCCACUAUUUGAGGUACUACCUUUAUUUCAUGUAUUUGGAUAAUAGAAUAACAGACUGGAUUAUAUCUGCUCAGUCUAUACAUUUUUAUGCACUGCAUUUGUAUAACCUGAACGCCCACGUACUAAAAUUAGUUGUUUGUACUAAAUAGUUUCCUGUGUUAUUUGACACGUAGCUAACAUAUGUAUGGUUUUAUGGUUAACAAAAUAAUUUUCCAUGUUUUUCAUUUAAUGUAGUCUGUGGUCUUUUGAAACAAAAUUUUUUGUUUUCUCCUAACCUCUAAGCCUCUUAAGCAGGCUUGGCUUCUUUCUUUCCUUUCUUCCCUCCCUCCCUUACAAAUUUCUACUUAAGAAGCACAUGUGCUUUUAUGAAGAAGACAAGAGCAGUGCCAGCAUCUAUGUAGUAUUCUUAUUGAUUUGUGAUGUCAUUAGUCUUAACUAGGCUGUCUUUGUUUAUAAUAUUUUCUUUAAGUUUAUUUAUUUUUGAGAGAGACAGAGACAAUGUGAGCAGAGGAGGGGCAAAGAGAGAGAGGGAGAAAAAGAAUUCCAAGAGAUGCAGGGCUCAAACCCACAAAACUGUGAGAUCAUGACCUGAGCCAAACCAAGAGUCGACUUGUAACCAGCUGAGCCCCCCGGGUGCCCCACUGGGCUGUCUAUGAACUGGAAUAUCUCCAUACACACUUAGGGCAGGACCUACAGAUUCCAUGAUGUAUUUUAGUUAUUUUGUACUAUCAUUCCAGUGUUCUUUAGUUUUGUUCCAAUGUUUUUGAAGUAUAUUUCAAUAAACUAGGAAUAAUUUAUAACUUACACAGUUAGUAAUUAAGCAAUAGCAGAAUAGAGGAGCUACUUACAAGACUCAAAGUGGAUAAAAUUUUAAAUUCCAUUGGCGAGAUGACACAUGUUUUGAAUUAAACCUGUGAUAAAGUAUGCAGCCAUGACUCUAAACUGUGACUGGUCUUUUCAGUCUUUCUAAUUUUUUUAUGUUGGAGGAAUCUUAAGGGAGAUUGCAUUGUGUUUUUUUCUAUUUUUGUUAAGGCAUAUAGUAAAAGUAAACUGUAAAAAUUUAAAUAGUAGAGGAAGAUAAGGUAUAAUAUUUGAAAGUCUCCCUUCUUUUAGAACACAAGGUGUAAAUUUUAAGUGAACUCAAUUUCAUGCUUUUUUUUCUGUACAUUUGCACACAUAUAUCUACAUGUGUAUUUAUGUAAACAAAUUUUUGUAUAAAUGUCAUCAUAAAAGUAUUUUGAAAAUUUUUUUUAACUUAAUGGUUCAUUGUAGUCUUCCCAUAUAAAUAUACAUAUCGUUUAUCUUAUUUCCCUUAAUGGUUGGGGAGUAUUUUCUUGUUAGGGAUCAUGACUUCCCUGGUUUUAUACAGUGUUUGUAGCCAGUGUUUUGGUUGUGCCCAGUGUUCUGCUAUUAACAAAUAGUACUGCAGUGGAUCCUUUUUGAUAUAUUUAUCUUUGUGUGUAUGUUUCUGUAAUUUGCUAGGAUAUAUUCCACUGGUGAAAGUGCUAGACCAAAUGUGCACGGGUCUGUUUUUAUAAUUGCCAUUUUAUUAUGUGUGUCAACACCAUAUUUUUUAAACUAGUGGUUUAGUAUGUUUUGUGAUAUGGUAGGUCGAAUGUUAGCUUUCAAGCCCUAUUAAUACCUGUUCUCUCUGGGUGUUGUGCUUUGUUGACUGCUUUAUCCAUGAACAGCCAGAUAAAAUAUCCCCUCUUCCCUGAAGUUGUUCAUAACACUUAGCCCACUGAGUAAUUAUAAUCUCAAUAACUAAUAUUUUAAUGAGUGCUUACUAUAUACCAGGCAGUUUGAAUUGCUUUAUGUCUCAUUUAAUCCUCACAGCAACUCUGAGGUAGAUAAUAUUUGUAUAUACAUUUUAUAGUUGAAAAAACCAAGACAAAGAAUAACUUGCUCAAGGUCACAGCAAAUGAUGGAAGUGGAAUAUAAACCGGGGCAGUCUCACCUAAAAGUCUUUCUUAACUCCUAUAAGCCACUUCCUUUUUUACUAUUCUUCUAUGGCCUCCUCAGUAGUUAACUCUCUAGAAAUAUGUUUUGUAUAAAUUUUUAGAGAUCACACGCUGAUUUCAUCUUUCGUCUAGGUCCUCUUUACAGAUCUGUGUGAAUGACACCUUAUUCUAAUUAUGUAAGUAGUAAUAGUCCUGGUAUAUUUGAGUUGAUUUAGAACACCAGGCUAUAAAAGAUUGUUCCCACCUCUCUCUUCCACUCCCAGAAGACUUUGUCAAAGUGUAGCCAGUUAAUAUUGCUCUGUUCUGUUAUGUCUUAUUUACCUAACUCCAUUUUGGGAAAAAUCACAUGAGUGAUUUUGGGAUCGAUUUUCAUAGAUUGUGAGUGAAUAGUAUACUAUUCUUAACCUUUUCUGGAACAUCAUAUCAAAAUACAUACCUUGUAGAUGAUGUCUUUUAUAGUAAGUUCUCAGAAUGUAAAGUGAGACCAAGGCUGUUUUAAACUCUGCUAUACCUCUUAAUUCAUGUUGUCAAGUAAGUAUGAUAUGCGAAAUGAACCUCUCAGAGACUCACAUAAAAAGGGACAUAGUAAUACCUUCUUUUGGUGGGGGUCAGAUGAGCUAAUGUAUGUGAAAACAUUUGUAAACUAUUAAGGGUCUCCAUAAAUGUUAGUUGUUAAAAGUGAAGGAUUAGGAAGGAUGAAGACCUUUGUGAAAAUAGUUACUGACCAGUAAGAUGUUUGGCUAUUUAAAAAGAAAUACAAUUUAAAAUCUAUAAUUUAGAAAACUCUCACUCUUUCAUUUAAGUUCCUAAUUCUGUUUAUUUUGUUGAGUUCAUAGAUUGCCAGUAAAACUCUUCAGGGGUAAUUGUGCAUGUGGGUUAAUUUAUUUUAGAUGGAGCCAGUGUUAGCAUAAGGAAUGAGAUUCUGUAAUGAAGAUUCUACAAAUGAUAGUUGCAUGGGUUAGAUGCCCUUUUAGGAUUAUAUUCUGGAUUUAUUAGGUCUUUAGCAUUUAAAUAGAAUAUGUCCUUAAAUUGUCCCAGAAUUGAAAAAAUUUGUAGUACUUUAUCUUACUGUUGUUAAUAAAGAGGGAGUGAUAAGAGUAAUGCAAGAUUCAACAUCCUUUUCUUACUCUUGUAUCUCCUUUUCUGGGAGUGGUGAAGCAAACCAUAUUUCUGUGACUUCUGCUGUAGGUUUAGCAGAUGAUUCUAUGAUUCUAGAUAAAAUGGCAGAGUAUCAAAGCAAAGAUUUGACCACACUGUUUUCUAAACUUGGAACGUUAAAACACAUCUUUAACUUGCUUUGUGGAUUGUUUUUACAUUUGUACAUUUUCUUAAUUUCUUUUCUUAUUCUGCCCCCAUGUAGCCAUUACCUCACAGUCCAACGCCUCUCCCUCAUUUGACCAGUUUUCUGCUCCAACCCAAAGUUGGAGUUGAGUUCCAGAUCCAAACUGGAAUGUUUUAAGUUGUGGAUGUGCCUUAGUAUUUGGGAGGUCUUUUCAUAUGUGGAAGUUUCUUAUUUUACCCUUAUCAGCAGAUCCUCUUGUCUUUUAUACCAAAAUAUAAAAAAAACACGGGCUUGGCAUUUCGACUUUUUGUCCUCCAUGCAUGAGCAGCUUCAUUGUGUAUCCCAUGGAGCCCAGAAUAGCAGCUUUGCUUGGCUCGAGAACCCAUUCAUUGGCUUAGGUAGGCUUGAAUGUUAAGUUUCAUACAUCUUAAUUAAAUAGUAAGGUCUUUCUGACUUCACUACCAGAAGCAGAAGUUUUCCUGAAUAUCUUAAUCAAAGGACAAUUAGUAAUAAGGGUCAGAUUCUAAUUUCAUUACACUCCAGGCAUGUGAGUACUUGACAGUUUCUGUUCCUAACAUAAAAUUACAUUCCAUUAUGAAAUAACCCAUUCAUUGCCUUCGUAUUUCUUUUUUUAUGAAUAUUUCACCUGGAAAAAAGCAUUUAUGGAAAGAGUUUGAAAUUAAGUUGGGAAACUUGUUUUUGAACCCUGCCUUAAUACUAUGUGACUUUGGGAAAGUUACUGCUUAACCUCAAUUUUUUUCAUUCAUAUUAGGGCUAAUGAUUUUUUUUUUUUUCCUAACAGUUUUUCUAAAGAAUGGACAUUGUAUAUCUAGCACACUGUCUUACAUGUUGGGAGGUGUUAGAUACUUUUCUUGAUUUAAUUAAAGAGUGAAGUUGUCAUUGUUCUUUUUUAGUCAGGAGCAGUUUGCUUUACCUUUUUUAGGUCAUGAAUUUUAGUUAUUAGAUUCUGAUGAAAACUGUGGACCUAUUCCCCAAAACGUACUUAAACGUAUACAUAUAGCAUUUUGUAUACUGUUUCAGGAGGGGUUCUUAAGGCAUAAGUCUAUGAACCACGAAUCAUGAAUCUUAGGUGAAGAGUACUGGAUUUUGUCUUUUAUCCGUUGAGUUCAUUGCCCUUCUGUACUUUUUAUCACCUCUAAAAUUAAAAAGAAAACAGUAUUUUUUCCUACCUCUGCCCCAGUAAUAACAACAAUAGCUACAAAUUUUAAAUUACUGUCACCUUUCUUCCUUUGUUCUCCUUCUUCUUGAAACUAUUGGAAUCUUGACUCAGAGAAAAACCUCUUUGAGAGGUAAUUGGUUUUUAUGUCUGCUUUUUUAUUCCUAGAGGUAUGAAGGAUAUCUUAUGGAACAAUAAGAUGUACUUAAUAAAGUUUACAGCUGUUUCCUCAUGUAUUUAAAAGCAAACUGUAAACAUUAAUUUUCUUUCUUCAGUCUUAUUUUAUAGUUGUUGUUCUUUUAAAUAUGGUGCGUUGAGCACAUUCCUUAAACUUCCUUUUUUCCCAGUGUCCCACUGAUAUUUUAAAGAUUGAAUUAAACCACAAUUCUGAAAAGCAGGAACAGAUGUUAUCAUAUUAGUCAAACUACCUUAAAGAGGAACAAAAGGACCUCAUUAGGUCUGUGAGUUUAAUGUAUGUUAGCAUGUGUGUGGGGAAGGAGGGGAGAAGAUCCAACCUAGGUGUGGAUAAAUCCGGAUUUGAAUGAUGUCAUCAGCACUGUUUCUCCCAACAUUUUUAGUCUCUCUUUUCUUCUGUUGUAGCUUUGUUUUCAGCCAGGCAAUGAUGGCUGCCAAAGGAAAGGGGAUGGGAUAUUCUAGCCAGACCUGAGUCAUGUUGCCACCCCUGUUGUGGUUGGGAAGAAUCACCUCCUAAAUCACAUGGAAUGUUUUCCCCACAGACAAGAGGGAUUAUGUUACUAGAAAAAGGGGGUGGGGAGAAAGCAUGUUGAACAGUAAAAUUACAGUUCACAGUCCACUACAGGUACCAUCAGAGGACCAGAAAUUUUGAAGAAGAUAGAAAGUUCACCGGAUCGGAUUGACAGCAUAAUCUCAGAAGGAACGGAACCCAAGAUACCAGAGGUGGAGUCUUUCAUUUUGGAUCAGGAUGAUUUGGAAAAUCCAAUGCUGGAAACGGCUUCCAAGUUGCUCUUGUCAGGUACUGCUGAUGGUGCAGACCUCAGGACAGUAGAUCCAGAAACACAAGCCAGACUGGAAGCUUUACUAGAAGCUGCAGGAAUAGGCAAAUUAUCUACGGCUGAUGGUAAAGCCUUUGCAGAUCCUGAAGUGCUUCGGAGGUUGACGUCGUCUGUUAGUUGUGCGUUGGAUGAAGCUGCUGCUGCACUUACCCGGAUGAGAGCUGAAAGCACAGCGAAUGCAGGGCAGUCGGACAACCGCAGUUUGGCAGAAGCCUGUUCAGAAGGAGAUGUAAAUGCUGUGCGAAAGUUACUCAUUGAAGGGCGGAGCGUAAAUGAGCACACUGAGGAAGGGGAGAGCCUCCUUUGUUUAGCUUGUUCUGCUGGAUACUAUGAGCUUGCACAGGUUUUGUUGGCAAUGCAUGCAAAUGUGGAAGAUAGGGGAAUCAAAGGUGACAUUACACCUUUAAUGGCUGCUGCUAAUGGAGGACAUGUCAAAAUUGUGAAGUUGCUGCUAGCUCAUAAAGCCGAUGUCAAUGCACAGUCUUCAACAGGCAAUACAGCACUUACAUACGCUUGUGCUGGAGGCUAUGUAGAUGUUGUAAAGGUGCUCUUGGAAUCCGGUGCUAGUAUCGAGGACCAUAAUGAAAAUGGUCAUACUCCUCUUAUGGAAGCUGGAAGUGCUGGACAUGUGGAAGUAGCCAGAUUGCUGCUAGAAAAUGGGGCUGGCAUUAAUACGCAUUCCAAUGAAUUUAAAGAGAGUGCCCUUACAUUAGCUUGUUACAAAGGACACCUAGAGAUGGUGCGAUUUCUUUUGGAAGCAGGGGCAGAUCAAGAGCAUAAAACAGAUGAAAUGCACACUGCUCUAAUGGAGGCUUGCAUGGAUGGCCAUGUUGAAGUAGCUAGGUUACUUCUUGACAGUGGUGCCCAAGUGAACAUGCCUGCUGAUUCAUUUGAGUCACCAUUGACUUUGGCUGCAUGUGGUGGGCAUGUGGAACUUGCGGCUUUACUUAUUGAAAGAGGAGCUAGCCUGGAAGAAGUCAAUGAUGAAGGUUAUACACCACUGAUGGAGGCAGCUCGUGAAGGACAUGAAGAAAUGGUGGCAUUACUUCUAGGCCAAGGAGCAAAUAUCAAUGCACAGACAGAAGAAACUCAAGAAACUGCCUUGACUCUGGCUUGCUGUGGAGGCUUUCUGGAAGUGGCAGACUUUCUAAUAAAGGCAGGAGCUGAUAUAGAACUAGGGUGUUCUACCCCUUUAAUGGAAGCUGCUCAAGAGGGUCAUUUGGAGUUAGUUAAAUACUUACUAGCUGCAGGAGCUAACGUUCAUGCAACAACAGCAACAGGGGAUACAGCACUAACAUAUGCCUGUGAGAAUGGUCAUACUGAUGUAGCAGAUGUCCUACUUCAAGCAGGAGCAGAUCUGGAACAUGAAUCUGAAGGUGGAAGGACUCCUUUAAUGAAAGCUGCAAGAGCUGGUCAUGUUUGUACUGUUCAGUUCUUAAUUAGUAAAGGAGCGAAUGUGAAUAGAACCACAGCUAAUAAUGACCAUACUGUACUGUCCCUGGCUUGUGCAGGGGGUCAUCUGGCAGUGGUGGAACUACUUUUGGCUCAUGGGGCAGAUCCUACUCAUCGUUUAAAAGAUGGCUCAACUAUGUUGAUAGAAGCAGCAAAAGGUGGCCAUACGAGUGUUGUUUGCUAUCUUUUGGACUAUCCUAAUAAUUUGCUUUCGGCCCCUCCACCAGAUGUCACUCAGUUAACCCCCCCAUCCCACGAUUUAAAUAGGGCUCCUCGUGUACCAGUUCAAGCACUGCCCAUGGUUGUCCCACCUCAGGAGCCUGACAAACCACCUGCCAAUGUUGCCACUACUCUUCCCAUCAGGAAUAAAGCUGCUUCUAAACAAAAGUCCAGCAGCCAUUUGCCAGCAAACAGCCAGGAUGUACAGGGUUACAUCACCAAUCAGUCUCCAGAGAGCAUUGUAGAAGAGGCUCAGGGAAAGUUAACAGAACUGGAACAGAGGAUAAAAGAAGCCAUAGAAAAGAAUGCACAGCUGCAGUCCUUGGAACUGGCUCACGCUGACCAACUUACCAAGGAGAAGAUCGAGGAGCUGAACAAAACAAGGGAGGAACAAAUUCAGAAGAAACAAAAGAUUUUGGAGGAGCUACAGAAAGUAGAACGAGAGUUACAACUGAAAACUCAGCAGCAGCUAAAAAAGCAGUAUCUAGAGGUUAAAGCUCAAAGAAUUCAACUUCAGCAGCAGCAGCAACAGUCUUGCCAACAUCUGGGACUGCUAACUCCUGUUGGGGUUGGAGAACAGCUUUCCGAGGGAGACUAUGCACGGUUACAGCAAGUGGAUCCCGUUUUGCUUAAAGAUGAACCCCAGCAGACUGCUGCUCAGAUGGGUUUUGCACCAAUCCAGCCUCUGGCCAUGCCUCAAGCUUUGCCUCUGGCGGCAGGUCCCUUGCCUCCAGGGUCCAUCGCAAAUCUUACAGAACUGCAAGGAGUGAUAGUUGGACAGCCAGUACUGGGCCAAGCACAGUUGGCAGGGCUGGGGCAAGGAAUUCUGACAGAAACACAACAAGGGUUAAUGGUAGCCAGCCCUGCUCAGACCCUCAAUGACACGCUGGAUGACAUCAUGGCAGCAGUCAGUGGAAGAGCAUCUGCAAUGUCAAACACUCCUACACACAGUAUCGCUGCUUCCAUUUCCCAACCUCAGACUCCAACUCCAAGUCCUAUCAUCUCUCCUUCAGCCAUGCUUCCUAUCUACCCUGCCAUUGAUAUUGAUGCACAGACUGAAAGUAAUCAUGAUACGGCACUAACACUUGCCUGUGCUGGUGGUCAUGAGGAACUGGUACAAACACUGCUAGAGAGAGGAGCUAGUAUUGAGCACCGAGACAAGAAAGGUUUUACUCCACUUAUCUUGGCUGCUACAGCUGGUCAUGUUGGUGUUGUGGAAAUAUUGCUGGACAAUGGUGCAGACAUUGAAGCCCAGUCAGAGAGAACCAAGGACACACCGCUAUCUUUGGCUUGUUCUGGGGGAAGGCAGGAGGUGGUGGAGCUGUUGUUAGCUCGAGGGGCAAAUAAAGAGCACAGGAAUGUUUCUGAUUACACACCUCUAAGCCUGGCUGCUUCUGGUGGCUAUGUGAACAUUAUCAAAAUAUUACUAAAUGCAGGAGCUGAGAUUAAUUCUAGAACUGGUAGCAAAUUGGGCAUUUCUCCUCUGAUGUUAGCAGCUAUGAAUGGGCAUACAGCUGCUGUUAAGCUCCUGUUAGACAUGGGCUCUGACAUAAAUGCUCAAAUAGAAACCAAUCGGAACACUGCCCUUACCUUAGCCUGCUUCCAAGGAAGAACUGAAGUGGUUAGUCUUCUGCUUGAUAGAAAAGCAAAUGUGGAACACAGAGCUAAGACUGGCCUCACACCACUCAUGGAAGCUGCCUCUGGUGGAUAUGCAGAGGUGGGCCGAGUUCUUUUGGAUAAAGGUGCUGAUGUUAAUGCCCCUCCAGUGCCCUCUUCGAGAGAUACAGCUUUAACCAUAGCAGCAGAUAAAGGGCAUUAUAAAUUCUGUGAGCUUCUCAUUGGCAGGGGAGCUCACAUUGAUGUACGUAAUAAGAAGGGGAACACUCCAUUGUGGCUAGCAGCAAAUGGCGGACACCUUGAUGUGGUUCAGUUACUAGUACAAGCAGGUGCAGAUGUGGAUGCAGCAGACAACCGCAAGAUAACUCCUCUGAUGGCAGCAUUUAGGAAGGGUCAUGUGAAGGUGGUGCGCUACUUAGUCAAAGAAGUCAAUCAGUUUCCAUCAGAUUCUGAAUGUAUGAGAUACAUAGCAACCAUCACUGAUAAGGAGAUGCUGAAGAAGUGUCAUCUUUGUAUGGAAUCAAUAGUACAAGCCAAAGAUAGACAGGCUGCUGAAGCAAACAAAAAUGCCAGCAUUUUAUUAGAAGAGUUAGACUUGGAAAAGUUAAGAGAAGAAAGCCGGAGGCUGGCCUUGGCUGCCAAAAGAGAAAAGAGAAAGGAGAAGAGACGAAAGAAAAAGGAAGAGCAAAGAAGAAAACUAGAAGAAAUCGAAGCCAAAAAUAAAGAGAACUUUGAACUCCAAGCUGCUCAAGAAAAAGAAAAGCAUAAAGUUGAAGAUGAGCCUGAAGUCUUGACAGAGCCUCCAAGUGCCACAACCACUACUACCAUAGGUAUAUCUGCAACCUGGACAACUUUGGCAGGUUCCCAUGGUAAAAGAAAUAAUACCAUAACCACAACCAGUUCAAAGAGGAAAAACAGGAAAAAUAAAAUUACUCCAGAAAAUGUUCAGAUUAUAUUUGAUGAUCCACUACCAAUCUCAUAUAGUCAGCCAGAGAAGGUAAAUGGAGAGUCCAAGAGCAGCAGUACCAGCGAGAGUGGGGACAGUGAUAACAUGAGGAUUUCCAGCUGCAGUGAUGAAAGUAGUAACAGCAACAGCAGCCGAAAGAGUGACAAUCAUUCACCUGCUGUGGUGACUACCACGAUGACCAGCAAGAAGCAGCCAUCAGUUCUGGUUACAUUUCCAAAAGAGGAGAGAAAAUCUGUUUCUGGAAAGGCUUCAAUAAAAUUGUCAGAGACUAUCAAUGAAGUGACCAGUAAUUCUCUGUCUACUUGCACAAAAUCUGGUCCGUCUCCCCUUUCCUCUCCAAAUGGGAAGUUAACAGUAGCAAGUCCUAAGCGUGGACAAAAGAGGGAAGAAGGAUGGAAGGAAGUUGUAAGAAGGUCAAAGAAAGUAUCUGUUCCAUCAACUGUGAUAUCCAGAGUGAUUGGAAGAGGAGGCUGUAAUAUUAAUGCCAUUCGGGAGUUCACUGGUGCACACAUAGAUAUUGAUAAGCAGAAAGACAAGACAGGAGACCGGAUAAUAACCAUAAGGGGUGGCACUGAAUCAACAAGACAGGCAACUCAGUUGAUCAAUGCUCUGAUCAAGGAUCCAGACAAAGAAAUUGAUGAACUUAUUCCAAAGAAUCGUUUGAAAAGCUCCUCAGCAAAUUCCAAAAUAGGGUCAUCAGCACCUACCACCACUGCUGCUAACAGUUCCUUAAUGGGAAUUAAAAUGACGACUGUAGCUCUGUCAUCAACAUCUCAAACUGCCACAGCACUCACGGUGCCUGCAAUUUCUUCUGCAUCUACUCAUAAAACCAUUAAGAACCCAGUGAAUAAUGUGAGGCCUGGUUUUCCAGUUUCUCUUCCAUUAGCAUAUCCUCCUCCACAGUUUGCACAUGCUUUGCUUGCUGCUCAGACUUUCCAGCAGAUCCGUCCACCAAGGUUGCCCAUGACCCACUUUGGAGGUACUUUUCCACCAGCUCAAUCCACUUGGGGUCCUUUUCCUGUCAGGCCUUUGAGCCCUGCCAGAGCUACUAACUCGCCUAAGCCUCACAUGGUGCCUCGCCAUAGCAAUCAGAAUAGCAGUGGUUCUCAGGUGAAUUCAGCAGGUUCUUUAACUUCAAGUCCAACAACUACAACCAGUUCAUCAGCUUCAACGGUGCCUGGUACAUCUACAAAUGGCAGUCCAAGUUCACCUUCUGUCAGAAGGCAGCUUUUUGUCACAGUUGUGAAGACAUCCAAUGCCACCACCACAACAGUCACAACCACAGCAAGCAACAACAGCACUGCACCCACAAAUGCCACAUAUCCUAUGCCUACUGCCAAAGAACACUACCCAGUAUCAUCCCCAUCUUCCCCAUCACCACCAGCCCAGUCAGGAGGGGUUUCUAGAAACAGCCCUUUGGAUUGUGGAACAGCAUCUCCAAAUAAAGGGGCAUCUUCCUCUGAACAGGAAGCAGGUAGUCCACCAGUAGUAGAAACAGCAAACAGUAGACUUUCAAACAGCAGCAGCUCUUCUGGGAGUUCAUCAGUUCAUUCUACUCAGCAACAACCUCCGGGAUCUGUUUCUCAGGAGCCAAGACCACCUCUUCAGCAGUCUCAGGUUCCUCCCCCGGAAGUUAGAAUGACUGUUCCUCCUUUAGCAACAACAAGUUCUGCUCCAGUGGCGGUGCCUUCUACUGCCCCAGUGACUUACCCUCUGCCUCAGACACAAAUGGGAUGCUCCCAGCCUGCUCCUAAAAUGGAAACCCCUGCUAUUAGACCACCCUCUCAUGGCACAACGGCCCCUCACAAGAAUCCAGCUCCAGUGCAGAGUUCAUCUGUUGCAGUCCUAAGUGUCAAUCACAUUAAAAGACCUCACAGUGUUCCCUCUUCUGUCCAGCUACCUUCAACCUUAAGUACACAAAGUGCUUGUCAAAAUUCAGUACAUCCAGCAAAUAAGCCUAUUGCUCCCAAUUUCAGCGCCCCCUUACCAUUUGGGCCCUUUAGCACAUUGUUCGAAAACAGCCCUACUUCUGCUCAUGCCUUCUGGGGAGGAUCUGUUGUUUCAUCUCAGUCAACGCCAGAAUCUAUGCUAUCAGGAAAAUCCUCAUAUUUGCCAAAUUCAGAUCCUUUACAUCAGUCUGAUACUUCCAAAGCUCCAGGUUUUAGACCACCAUUACAGAGACCCGCUCCAAGUCCCUCAGGUAUUGUCAACAUGGACUCGCCAUAUGGUUCUGUAACACCUUCUUCUACACAUUUGGGAAACUUUGCCUCAAACCUUUCAGGAGGUCAAAUGUAUGGACCUGGGGCACCCCUUGGAGGAGCACCCGCAGCUGCUAACUUUAACAGACAACAUUUUUCCCCACUUAGUUUGUUGACUCCAUGUUCAUCAGCAUCGAAUGAUUCUCCUGCACAGUCAGUAUCCUCUGGAGUUCGUGCACCUUCGCCUGCCCCAUCAUCAGUACCUUUAGGGUCAGAGAAGCCCAGCAACGUCUCUCAGGACAGAAAAGUUCCAGUCCCUAUUGGGACUGAACGUUCUGCACGUAUCAGGCAAACUGGAACUUCAGCUCCAUCUGUUAUUGGGAGUAAUUUAUCUACAUCAGUAGGGCAUAGUGGAAUCUGGUCUUUUGAAGGGAUUGGUGGCAAUCAAGAUAAAGUAGACUGGUGUAACCCUGGGAUGGGAAAUCCCAUGAUUCAUAGGCCAAUGUCCGAUCCAGGAGUGUUUUCACAGCAUCAAGCAAUGGAGCGAGAGAAUACAGGAAUUGUAACUCCUUCUGGUACAUUCCAUCAGCAUGUUCCUGCAGGAUACAUGGACUUUCCUAAAGUUGGGGGUAUGCCUUUUUCUGUGUAUGGGAACGCAAUGAUUCCUCCAGUAGCACCUAUUCCUGAUGGUGCUGGAGGACCCAUAUUUAAUGGCCCUCAUGCUGCAGACCCCUCUUGGAACUCCCUGAUAAAGAUGGUUUCGAGCUCCACAGAAAAUAAUGGCCCUCAAACGGUGUGGACUGGACCCUGGGCACCUCACAUGAACAGUGUGCAUAUGAACCAGCUCGGCUGAUGAGGAUCGGCUUGUUAGCCUGCAGAUUCCUUUUCAUUCAGAGGAAAUCACAAGUGGCCGAAAAAAAUUCAUGCUCCCAAAUCAUUCUACUGAUGUGCUUGACUGAAGUGUGUAGGCUUUUUGCAGAAGAAGUUACUAACUGACCUAUUUUCUGUGAACAUUUGUGACUGCCCAUUCCCCACCACCAUCCGUUUUACCUUAGUUAGCAUUUUUCUUAUCAUUUUUCUUUUUUUCUUUCCCUCUUCCCCUUUGGACAUAACUUUCUGUUGAAGCUGUUCUUUGGCUGGUUGGUUUUAGUACUGUAAACUGCUUCUGAGCAAACACGGAAAUUUAGCAAAAUUAUGUAAACUUGAUCCUGAAGUUUUAGAAUGGCAAAUAAAUGUACAAUUGUUUACAUAACAGAAAAGGCUAAGCAGAAAGUAAAUUUCAAUAUGUCAGUAUAGAGGCUCUACUUUAUGUAGACUUAAAUUAAUGUGAGAUAUGUACCUUCAUAUUCAGAAAUCUGGAUGUUUCCUUCAUACAUUAAACUAUUAAUAAGCAUAA